AUGUCGUGCCCUUUGACAAGCAGAUUCAAAGACGUGGACUGUGCCAAUACAGACAGCGAACUUGAUCGCCCUUGGACUCGACACUGGCCACCCCAACCAGGAAGUCCACUUUACCAUUGGCUUCAGGAAGAGCUUCCUCAGGUCCUGACAUACGAGUUCGACCCCGAGCGCCUAUUUAACCAGCCAUGGAAAGCUUGGAUACGCCAAUUGAUACAAAAAGAGUGUCCCGCCAUACCUGUCCCCACACAUGAUACUGCUCCCAACAGCGAGAAGGAGCGGGAGGUCGAGCCCUCCGAUUCAAGGGGACAGGAGGAGAGAGAAAGAGAGGCCCGUGUAACGUGCAUUGUGGAGAAGAUCGAAUCCCUCGGCCUUCGCAAAUACCGGAUGCCAAAAUUGGAUUACUUGGCCGACCAUCCUCUCCUUUCAGUUCGAAAGCCCUUCCGCUCAGUGCUCCCGUUUCUCGAUAAAUUGAAGAACGACUAUGUCCAGCACCAGGCAAGCCACGAUGUUCCAGUCUACGAUGUAACUGGUUUCGAGGAUCACUUCACACUUGCCGACAGUGGAUUCGCUUUCACGAAGGUUCCGGUUGAUAUUUCGGAGUGGACCGACGAGUGUAUUCACCAAAUCUACCUCCCCCUGAUGGAGACUUACCUGCGCGAACACUUUGGCAGCUCUUUCGUGCACAUAUUUUCCUACAAUUUCCGCUGCGAAGAUAAAACACGACAGCCACCGCAACCUUGGCUUUCACCCCUGACAUAUGUUCACUCGGAUUUUACGAACGCCUCGAGCGUGACCAAUCUCAAGCUCCUUCUACCAGACCGCGCGGAUGAGAUUCUGCAGUCUCGUCACCGCUACAUCGGUAUCUGGCGCCCGCUCACGGCGCCUCAUCAGGACUACCCCCUCGCCGUCUGUGAUUACGGGAGUGUCAGCACCAGCGAUUUAAUCAAAGAAGACCUCGUGUUUCCUCACUACUGCCACGAAAGCUACCAAUUCAAAUCCAGCCCACACCACCAGUGGUUCUUCAAAAGGGGGAUGGGCGUGGAUGAUGUGAUCGUAAUGAAACUGUUUGAUUCUGACGCGUCCGAGUCUCAAUUCUGCCCACAUUCGGCAUUUUUGGAUCCAACGGUGCCUGCGGGUACACCACACCGGGCAAGCAUUGAGACCAGGGCUAUUGUGGUGGGGUGA